CAGUAUGGCACCCAAACGUAAGUCGACUGGUCGGGGAGGAGGAGCAGGCAGAAGCAACAAGAGGGCGAAGGGGACCAACGCGACAGGGGGCUCGUCGUCAGUUGUCCUGCCAGAACUGGAGGCCCCUCUCUUUGGUGAUGACCUUAUGAUAGACGAUGAGGAUAGGCAGAAGCUGAAGGAGAUGACUGAGGUCGAACGAGAAGCUGUAUUCAACGAGAGGUAUGAGCAGCUGGUGAGAUAUCGUGAGAGGAAGAAAGCCUUAGAGAGGUUAAAGGCAAAGGGUGUAACGACAUUGCCAGCGUCUCGGUCACCGAAGAAGUCCAAGGCUGGCGAGGAGUCUGAUGCGGAGUCAGAGUCGAGUGAAUCCUCAAGCGGUGAAAGCGAGUCUGGUUCCUCUUCUGGUGAUGAUAAUGACGAUGAUGAAGAGGAGGCCUCCUCGGGGUCGUCCGAGUCAGAGAGCAGCUCUGGGGAGGAGAGUGAUGCUGAAGAGGAUGAGGAGGGAGUAGAUGCUGGCAACAAGGAGACUGUCAAAGAUUCUCGAAAACACGAGAAAGCUCUGGUCGCGACUAAGGCAAGGCAGGAGGAGCUCACUCUGCCGAUGGCACGCAAGAUGCUCGUUACUCGGCAGCUGUGCUUUGAAUACGUACAGCUUCCUGAGAAGCUCAGGGAUUCUGUUCUAACAGGAAGUUUCUGUCGGCUGCAAACUACGUUCCAAAACACCUCGGGUAAUAGCAGUGGGCAGAUGGACACGACCGCAGACGGUGGAGACGGUUACAUGAUGGCUGAGAUCACCGGUCUCAAGGCACUCGACAAGCCAGUGCAGGUCCGGAUACCCACCACCAAUGGAGCUAUCAAGGUUAUGACCCUGCAUCACAAUCUGGCCAUCCGACUGCUAUCCGGAGUGGCGGCUAUGGUACCUGUUACCUGCCUUAGUAACCAGCCUAUCAGCGAGGUCGAACUGCAAUUGUGGACAGCUGCUGUUGGUCCUGACCACGCCCAGGAGGUGGCCCUGAGUGCACCAAAGAAGAUAAAAGAGCUGCAAGAAGGUAGACGGUUCGAGUGGACUAGUGAGAACAUCGAUAAGUACAUUGCCAAGAAGCACGGAGGGCAGUCAGUGGUCUCGACGAGUCUGGCGAUGGAGGAGAGCCAAUUGGUAACUAAGAUCGAGGCUCUGAUGCAGAAGCUGCAAAACCCCGAGCUAUCGCAAAUGGACAGGAGCGAGAUUGAGAUACAACUCAAUAAAGAGGAGACUAGACUGAAGGAGGUCACGCAGGAGAUCAAAGCCAACCAGCAGAAGUUCCAGGCUGAGAAUCAACGCCUUCGGAGGGUACAGGAGAUCAAUAGGAGGAAUCUUGAGCUGCAGCAACAGACUGAUUUGGAGAUGGCCAAGCGUCGGGCACGUCAGUUGGGAACCACGACGAAGGGCGGUGCCAAGAAGGGCGGCAUGAACGGUGGCUCAUUGAACCCUUAUGAGCGUCGGGAGUGCCGUCCUACUAUGCUUUGGGAUGUUGGUGGCCAUCGUGAGGGUGCGGCUGGUGAUGAUGAUGAUUCCAAACCCUCUUCUCCCGACAAGCGACAGCAACAACAGCAGCAGGACCAAGCCUCGUCGAAAGAUGCAAAAAUGUCGAAAACUAAGAGUCGAUUCGAUCGUAUGCUGGAGGUUUAUCGAUCGGUGGAUCCUCUUAACUCGAUCAUCAAGGUACAGAGCCUAUUGAGCCGCGUGGAAAAUGAGAAUGGGAAACAACAUCUUCUAGAUGAGGUUCGCCAUGCUCGGGCACUGGGCCCAGCAGAUACGUCCAAGUCACGAUCAGUGUCCGUCCUACCUUUGUGGUCACAACAGCUACCAAGUGCGGCAGGGCGGCAGCCACGGGGCGAGAUCAUGACCUUCAAGGAGUGGCAGCAACGAGUGGAGGAGCAAACCCAGCAGGCUUCGUAGACAUAUUCGGUCGCCGUUCGGCUUCACACCUGCUACUACCGUUUAGUAGCAACACAGAAAACAUUUGGAAACUUCCACC